AUGUCUGUAAUGUUAACGAAAUUCGAGUCCAAGAGCAACCGCGUCAAGGGUCUCGCAUUUCACCCGACCCAGCCGCUGCUUGCCGCAUCUCUACAUAAUGGCAGCGUGCAGCUGUGGAACUACCGAAUGGGCGUGCUCGUCGACAGAUUCGAGGAACACGAAGGUCCUGUACGCGCUGUCGCGAUCCAUCCUAGCCGCCCAUUACUUGCAUCCGGCGGCGACGACUACAAAGUCAAAGUUUGGGAUCUUAAGCCGCAGAGCAGGAAAUGUCUCUUCACGUUACAUGGCCAUCUCGACUACAUUCGCACCGUUCAGUUCCACCACGAGAUGCCUUGGAUCCUGUCGUGCUCGGACGACCAGACGAUCCGUAUUUGGAACAGCACUUCCCGCCAGUGCAUCGCAAUCCUGACUGGCCACUCGCACUAUGUCAUGUCCGCUUCUUUCCACCCUAAGGACGAUCUUGUGGUAUCUGCCAGUAUGGACCAGACUGUGCGCGUUUGGGACGUCUCUGGCCUUCGCAAGAGCACACCGAACACUGCGCCGGGGACAUUCGAUACCUACGACUCGUUUUCCACCGUCAAGUAUGUUCUCGAAGGCCACGACCGCGGCGUCAACUUUGCCCAGUUCCAUCCUACCCUUCCGCUCAUAGUGUCCGCCGCCGAUGACCGUCAAGUCAAGAUCUGGCGUAUGAGCGAGACGAAAGCCUGGGAGGUCGACGCCUGCCGCGGCCACUUCAACAACGUGCUUUCGGCGGUGUUCCAUCCGAAGCAUGAGCUCAUCGUCUCGUGCGGAGAGGACAAGACCGUCCGCGUCUGGGAUCUCGCCAAGCGCACCGCCGUGCAGACAUUCCGGCGAGAGCAUGACCGUUUCUGGACGCUCGCUGCACACCCAGAGCUCAACCUCUUUGCGGCUGGUCACGAUUCUGGUCUCAUCGUGUUCAAGCUUGAGCGUGAGCGACCCGCCUUCGCGGUGCAUGGCGAAACAGUCUACUACGUACGUGACAAGUACGUUCGCGCGUACGACUUUGGGACCGGCGCGGAUAUCGGCCUGCUCAGCGUGCGCAAGUUUGGCAGCCCUUAUGUUCCCCCGCGCACACUCAGCUUCAACCCGGCUGAGCGCGCCGUGCUGCUUACCAUCUCUUCCGACAAUGGGCUGUACGAGCUCUCGAAUCUCCCCAAGGACGUGGUUGGCGAGGUUCAAGAUAGUUCCGCUAGUGGAAAGCGUGGUUCGGGCCAAGCUGCCAUCUUCGUCGCACGCAACCGCUUCGCAGUGCUCAACAAAGCCUCACAGCUGAUUGAGGUGUGCGAUCUGACGGGUUCGGUCGUCAAGACCAUCAAGCCUCCUGUCCAGACGAACGAGAUCUUCUACGGCGGGACUGCAAGCCUCAUUCUCUCCUCGACGUCCUCUGUGGUACUAUUCGAUAUUCAGCAGCAGAAGACACUCGCAGAAUUGAACUCGCCACCAGUCAAGUACGUCGUCUGGAGUACGGACGGCGCUCAGGUGGCCUUACUCAGCAAGCACACCAUCACCAUCGCAAACAAGAACUUCGGCCAGCACACGCUCAUUCAUGAGACGAUCAGGAUCAAGAGCGGUGCUUGGGAUGACGCGGGAGUAUUCGUAUACUCGACGCUGAACCAUGUCAAGUACUGUCUCCCGCAAGGCGAUCAUGGCGUGAUCUGCACACUCGACAACCCGGUCUACCUCACACGUGUCAAGGGAAAGACGAUCCACUGCCUCGAUCGUGCCGCGCGGCCACGCACGAUCACGAUCGACCCGACCGAGUACCGGUUCAAGCUAGCGCUCAUUAGGAACAACUACGACGAAGUUCUUUACCUUAUUCGCUCAAGUAACCUCCUCGGCCAGAGCAUCAUCGCCUAUCUGCAGCAAAAGGGCUUCCCGGAGAUUGCCUUGCAUUUUGUCGAGGAUAAGAACACGAGGUUCGACCUCGCCAUCGAGUGCGGCAAUCUCGAUGUUGCGAUGGAGAUGGCGCGCACUAUCGACCGCCCGGAAUGUUGGAAUCGUCUGGCUCAGCAGGCACUCAAGCAGGGCAACCACAAGCUUGUCGAGAAGGCGUACCAGCAGACGAAGAACUUCGACAAGCUGUCCUUCCUCUACCUCGCAACCGGGAGCACCGACAAGCUACGCAAGAUGCAGAAGAUCGCGGACGCGCGCGGAGACCCGAUGUCCCGCUUCCACAACGCGCUCUUCGCGGGUGACGUCCCCGGGCGUAUCGCUGUUCUGCGCGAGGUCGGAAUGUACCCACUCGCAUAUCUCACGGCCAAGACAAACGAACUUGAGGACAUCGCGUCGGAGAUUCUUGAGGACGCGGGUCUGACGGAGGCCGAUAUGGACGAUGUGCCGGACUUUGGGCAGAGCACUUUGGCCCCCCCGAAGGUCGUCACGGAGACGACGAACCUGGUGUGGCCCUCGGUGCUAGGUGGCGAGUCCUUCUUCGACCGCGCACUCGCGAGCGGGAACCUGGACGCACCCAUUGAGCCGUACACCAACGGAGACGGUGCGCGUGCGGCGAAUGCGGCGCUCGAUGAAUGGGCCAAAGACGAGGAGGAGGCUGAGUUGGCACCGGAUGAGGAUGAAUGGGAUCUUGAUGCGGGCGGCGAGGACAAGGUUGAAGAAGACGACGAAGUCUUCGAGGAGGCUGCAGAGGAGGAGCUCGGCGCCGGCGCGGGUGUACCCGAACCCGAGCUUUGGACGCGCAAUUCACCCUUCGCGGGAGACCAUGUUGCCGCUGGCUCAUACGAGUCUGCGAUGCAACUGCUCAACCGUCAACUGGGUGUCGUCAACUUUGAGCCGCUCAAGCCGCUAUUCCUCUCUGUCUAUCGCUCCGCGCAUGCAUACCUUUCACCCGUCGCGUCCCUGCCGCCACUAGCCCUGCACCUUCGCCGGAACAUAUCCGAAUCUUCGCUCGCUCGUGUCCUGCCUGUGCAGGUAAUCACCUUGCGCCAGGCUAAGUCGGAGCUCGCCGACGGUUUCAAGCUUGUGUCAGGCAACAAGCUCAUUGAUGCGCAGGCGGCUUUCCGGAAUGCGCUCCGCUCGCUCUUGCUUGUAGCUGUCGCUUCAGAUGAGGAGGCGAAGGAUUGGCGCACGACGGUCGCCACUGCCCGCGAGUACUUGCUCGGCGUCUCGAUCGAGCUCGAACGGCGUCGCGUCGCCGAAGCUGAACCGGACAAUGUGAAGAGGGCGCUCGAGCUCGCGGCGUACUUCACCCACUGCAAGCUCCAACCACCGCACAUGCAAAUCGCGCUUCGUGCCGCCGGCCAAUCCUUCAGCAAAGCAAGCAACUUCCUCACCGCCGCGAAGUUCGCGAGGCGACUACUCGAGCUCAACCCGGAUCCGAAGAUUGCUGCGCAAGCCAGGCAGCGCGUCGCAGCCGGCGAGAGAAACCCGCGUGACACUGUGGAGAUUGAGCUGGACGAGUUUACCCCGUUCGAGAUUUGUGGAGCCAGCUUUACGCCAAUUUAUCGCGGACAGGCGGUCGUUAGGUGCCCGUAUACGGACGCGGCGUUCAGGCCAGAGUUCAGGGGGCUGCUCGACCCACUCACGACGCUCACGGAGAUCGGCGCGGCGGCGUCGGGUCUCCCCGCGCCACGGUAG